UUUUUUUUGGAUGGUUGAGAAAGACGUUUAUUGACGUUAUCCAGAGGCGAAGCAAACAGUGGCGAACAAAGGAAACUUUAAUAAGGUAAAGGCAAUAUGGCGAUGCUGUUUCUACACCCUCCUCCUUCACAAUGCAGAAGCUUAUCCCCUUCCGUUUUCAACACUGUCUCCGGAGAUAUUCCAUCGUCUCGUCUCUCCUUGAAAACCUCCGCCGCCGGAAACUUGGUUUCCCGUUUCCGGUCGAAAUCUCUCAGUUUGGUGUUCUCUGGAGCUCUCGCUCUCGGUUUAUCUCUAUCGGGCGUGGGACUUGCAGAGGCGAAAGUCGGCGUCAACAAGCCAGAGUUGCUCCCUAAAGAGUUCACUUCUGUCAUAGAUGUUGCCGGUUUCCUCUCUAAUGGCCAGGAGAAAAGGAUUGCUAAAGAAAUCUCUGAUCUUGAGAAAGAUACAGGGUUCAAGCUUAGAGUCUUGGCUCAAAACUAUCCCGAAACACCUGGACUAGCAAUCAAGGAUUUCUGGCAGGUGGAUGAUAGCACAAUUGUGUUUGUCGCUGAUCCGACUUUUGGGAACAUACUGAAUUUCAAUGUUGGGGCUACGGUUGAUUUAGACAUACCUCGUAGUUUCUGGAGUCGAUUGGCUGGGAAAUACGGCAACAUGUUUUACUGGAAAGAAAAGGGAGAAGAUGCAUCCAUCGAAGCUGCAGUGAUGGCGAUAUCAAGUUGCUUACGAGAACCCGUUGGUCCAAACAACUGUGCAGAGAUAAAGUGAAGUAUGAACCCCUCAAAAUGUACCUAUUAUUAACACUGUAUAGAUUGGUAUCAAGAAGAAACAGAAUUUGUAAGAACGAAUUACUUCUUCAGUACAUUUUCUUGUUGUUCUUUUAAGUACAGUCUCAGAAUCUGCUGGGGAAUGAAA